AUGGCAAAUCUUAUUGAAUGGUUGUUUGGCGGCACUCGUUCGACUGAGGACAUUAGUCAGCCCCCACCAGUCAGCACACCGGCUCAUCCUUUUUAUCCACAAGAUAUCAAGUUACCAAACUACGUUCCGUCGCCCUAUUCCGCCUUCGAAACCUUUUCAAUCUUUUUGGGGGCUCUCUCGGUUAUUAUUUUUCCUUCACUCUACCUAAUCCUGAAUCGUGCAUCGGUCACUCCAAGAAACAGAGCAAUUUUUAUCUGGUUUGUAGUAUGCUCGUGCAUUCAUCUAGCGUUCGAGGGUUAUUUUGCAUAUUUUCAUGCUACUAUGUCGGAGGAUGAUAACAUUUUAGCACAGUUAUGGAAGGAGUACUCGCUCAGUGAUUCGAGGUAUCUAACCUCGGAUCCACUGGUCGUUUGUAUGGAGAGGAUCACCACAGUGAGUAUUGGGAUCAUGGCUGGAAUUGUUUUUUCUGAAAAUUAG